GUUCGGAGUGCAGGUCUGUAGAUGCUCUGGGUAGAUUGACGGCUCGGUCCGGCGGCAGCGAAGCUUCGUUUUCGGCCAGCAAGCCGAAGCGGCUGCGUUCGGGGGGCUCGAUCGUUCAAGAGCUCCAUAUCACCAUCAAUGGAAGGACCCACUGGGGAAGACGACAUAUUUACGGUGGAACAUGAGCUAAAAGAUGCCAACCUAACCGGCCAUGUGGAGAAGGUUGGAAACGAGAACUUUGAGCUGCUUAAGGUGCUAGGCACCGGAGCCUAUGGGAAGGUGUUCCUGGUGCGCAAGGUCAGCGGCCAUGAUGUAGGCCAGCUGUACGCCAUGAAGGUGCUGAAGAAAGCCACCAUCGUGCAGAAGGCCAAGACGAGGGAGCACACGCUUACGGAGCGGCAGGUUCUGGAGCACAUCCGCCAGUCACCCUUCCUCGUCACUCUGCACUACGCCUUCCAGACUGACACCCGGCUACACCUCAUCCUAGAUUACGUUAAUGGAGGGGAGCUGUUCACCCACCUGGUGCAGAGACUUCGAUUUAAGGAGCAGGAGGUGGCGCUGUACAGCGGUGAGAUCGUGCUGGCCUUGGAGCACCUGCACCAGCUGGGUAUUGUCUACCGAGAUCUGAAACUGGAGAAUAUUUUACUGGACUCAAAUGGCCACAUUGUGCUAACAGACUUUGGGCUCAGCAAAGAGUUUGAUGAGGUCAAAAGGACAUACUCCAUCUGUGGAACUAUAGAGUAUAUGGCUCCUGAGAUUGUGGAAGGGGGUGAAGCUGGCCAUGAUAAGGCGGUGGACUGGUGGAGCCUGGGGGUGCUGAUGUACGAGCUCAUGACGGGGGGGUCCCCCUUCACCGUGGACGGACGUGAGAACUCUCACACUGAGAUUUCCCGGAGGAUACUAAAGAGAGACCCCCCAUUCCCAAAAGAGAUGGGAUCCCUAGCCAAAGACAUCAUCCAAAGACUGCUCACCAAAGACCCCCAGAAAAGGCUGGGGGCCGGUGGGGCAGCCAGUGUGAAGGGGCAUCCUUUUUACCAGAAGAUUAACUGGGAGGAUUUGGCUGCUAAGAAGGUUCCGGCACCAUUCAAGCCAGUUGUCCGGGACGAGCUGGAUGUCAGCAACUUUGCGCUGGAAUUCACAGAGAUGGAUGCCAUGUACUCCCCCGCGGACCUGCCUCUGAGCUGCGACCACAUCUUCCAAGGCUACUCCUUCAUGGCCCCCUCCAUCCUCUUCAAGCGCAAUGCCGUGGUGGAUGACCCAGCCCAGCUGCAGGAAGGCUUAGAAAGGCCCGGUUCUGCUGCUUUGGCGCGCAGUGCCAUGAUGAAGGACUCGCCGUUUUACGCCGCAUAUGACAUGGACCUGAAGGAGAGCACCCUGGGGGAGGGGGGCUUCUCCAUCUGCAGGCGAUGCACCCACAGGAAGACCGGUCAGAGCUACGCUGUGAAGAUUGUCAGCAAAAGAAUGGAAUCUCAGACGCAGAAGGAGAUCACAGCUCUGAAACUGUGCGAUGGCCACCCCAACAUCGUCAAGUGCUACGAGAUAUACCACGACCAGCUGCAUACGUACCUGGUACUGGAACUGCUGCAGGGUGGCGAGCUUCUGGAUCGGAUCCGGCGCAAGCAGCUCUUCAGUGAGAGUGAGGCCAGCAGCAUCAUGCGGCGCCUGGUGUCAGCCGUCAGCCACAUGCAUGACGUCGGCGUGGUGCACCGCGAUCUCAAGCCGGAGAAUCUGCUGUUUACUGACAACAGCGAGGCCUCAGAGAUAAAGGUCAUCGACUUUGGAUUUGCCCGUCUGAAGCCCCCCGACAACCAGAAGCUGAAGACGCCUUGUUUCACGCUGCAGUACGCCGCCCCAGAAGUGCUCACACGCGACGGCUACGAUGAAUCAUGUGACCUGUGGAGCCUGGGCGUCAUCCUGUACACCAUGCUUUCUGGACAGGCACCCUUUCAGUGUCACCCUAAAAGCGUUGCCCCUACCUCUGCUGAGAAAAUCAUGCAGAAGAUAAAACAGGGGGACUUUUCUUUUGAAGGAGAGGCAUGGAGGAAUGUAUCCCAGCAGGCAAAGGACCUAAUAAAAGAUCUCCUGACAGUUGACCCAGACAAGCGGAUCAAAAUGACCGGCCUGCAACUCAAUGCCUGGCUCCAGGAUGGCGGCCAGCUGUCUUCAAGCCCCCUCAUGUCACCCACCAUCUUGGGUUCUUCCGCUGCUGCUGUGCACACCUGUGUCAAAGCCACCUUCAAUGCUUUCAACAAGUGCAAACGUGAAGGCUUCUGUUUGCAAACAGUGGACAAGGCCCCACUAGCAAAGAGGAGGAGGAUGAAGAAUACCAGCACCAGCACAGAGACGCGGAGCAGCUCCAGUGACAGCUCGCGCUCCUCCUCAUCCUCGCAAGAUCACACCUUUUGUGGGGACACGUCCCGGCUGCUUGGUCGCGCCCUCUUCGCUCCCGCUCUAGGCAUCAGUGAAGACCCUCCCAGCCCAGAGUAAACUCAAGGACAUAUACUCACAGGCUACACUUCGCCAAACAAACACACGCUCCGUCGAACAAACAGACAUUCACAGGCCACAAUCCUCCAAACACGCAUUCCUCCAAACAAACAAUCACAGGCCACAAUCGUUCAAACAAACACACAUUCCUCCAAACAAACAAAUACUCACAGGCCACACUCUUCCAAACAAACACACGCUCCGUCGAACAAACAAAUACUCACAGGCCACAAUCCUCCAAACACACAUUCCUCCAAACAAACAAAUACUCACAGGCCACACUCUUCCAAACAAACACACGCUCCGUCAAACAAACAGACAUUCACAGGCCACAAUCCUCCAAACACGCAUUCCUUCAAACAAACAAACAAUCACAGGCCACAAUCCUCCAAACAAACACACAUUCCUCCAAACAAACAAAUACUCACAGGCCACACUCUUCCAAACAAACACACGCUCCGUCAAACAAACAGACAUUCACAGGCCACAAUCCUCCAAACACGCAUUCCUUCAAACAAACAAACAAUCACAGGCCACAAUCCUCCAAACAAACACACACUCAAAGGCUACACAAAUACAAACUCACAACAAAUUACAACUCCAGCUUCCAUAGCAAUAAAAAAUGGGAUUUGACUGGUUAAACUGUGAGCUUUGAUGAUGGAGUAGCAGACGAGCUCAAAGUGUCAUGGAUACUCAUGGUGCACUGAGCUGUUCACUUUGAACUAACCAGCAUGUUUCUACAUGCGCACAUUAAGUUUGUUUUGUGCGAGUGUAUGAAUCUUGUAAUUUAAUAUUUUAACAUGGAAGGUGACCCACUUUGCCCUGAAUUAUCCGAGACUGUUUUCACUUUUAGUCAGUAAACUGGAAUACGUUUAGAUUGGGCUUCACAAUGUCUAUUUAUUAACGUGAAGUUGUGUUUUAUGAAACCUCACGAAAAUGCAUUAAUGGUCACACAGGCGCAAUAGUUAUGAAAUAAACAGAAUAAUCUGAUUUUUUACUUCUGAUUUAGAAAAGCAUUAAAAUUUCGUUCACAGCUUUUAUAGAGACCCGUGCAUCUGCCGGGCUGCUUUUUAAACUGUAUGCAGUUUAUUUUUGGUUGCCACCCAUGAUUUGUUUCAUGGCCAUUUUCCAUGACCUUGACCAAGGGUGAUCAUUUGAGACUUAUUUUAAACUUUAUUUAAGAAAAGCAUGCAGUUCUCAGACAUUUCCAGGUCUGAAUGUAACCCUGGUGGCUGCAGAAACUUGGUUUGUUUGCGCAGAAGAACUUUGAGGCAGUAGUUAGUUGUGAUCUGGGUGAAAACCAGAGCGGACUGAUUAGAGGUGAUAAAGUCAGCAAACAUGGAUGGGAUUUCUGUAAAAAGUCCAGACUCUCCAGCCCGGCCUAAGAUUCAGUGCUGUCCUCAAAGCAAUUAAACUGAGUGACAAGUGACAAUGCUGAGCAUUAUGUGAAAUGUUCAGCCUGCUCCUUAGAGUUUAUCCAGGGUUUGUGAGCCAGGAACACAUCCCAGGAAGGAGGGGGCACGAAGCUGGGGAACACAUUGGACUGGACGUCGCCCAUUAUUAUAGUGACUUAAAGGAAUAUGAUUGGCUAUGGGGAUAUGGUGUCAAAAAAUGUAGUUUCUGAUUGGUAGCUGAGAAAGUCUAGCAAUUUUGAAUUGUUAAAACUUUUUAGCAGGAUAUAUUGGGUGGUUGGAUUGCAAAUGUUGAGUUGUACUAUUUGCAGAUGAGGCUAUCUGUGAAUGUCAGCAAUAAGCCUCACUGAGACCUGCUCAUCUGCUCCUGAGACUGUUAUCUGCUGAAUGGUUUGUAAGCCAAGGUUCCAGUGUCUCGCUCUUCCUGCUUGCUACCGGUGACACGCCAUGUUCUGACCCCAUUUUGUGGGGUUUCCAUUUACAUGCUGAGAAUUCAGCAGGAGACAAUCAAAAAUGUAUAUAUUUUUAAAAUCUGUUUCAGAGUUUGUCGUUAUCUAUGCCGCCCUCCGGCACAGCACUGUGUUUAAGAACUUCACCUCCGAGUUAUGAAAAAGUAUUAGUUAUUUACGAAUUUUUUUUUACAUCGCUUUUGUGUUGAAUGCUUUUAAAAAAAUUUUUUGGGGAAUGCGUGUAGUCUAUAAAAAAAGCUUAGUGUUCCUUUUUGUGAAUGUUCCAGGCAUGUUACUGCGUUUUGAGUCUUUUUUUGUAGGAUGAUAUCAUGGCUCUUCUGGGUGUUGUCAGCGAUGCGAGAUGUUUGAAAGGCGGGAAAAACCCAGUGGCUCAAAUACUGAAUAGAGGAACUUCUUUCAAAGACUGGUUUGGGCUUAUACCAGUGAAAUCCAGUAUUAAUCGGUAAGAUUCUGAAACCACGGUUUCUUGGCAUUGUCUGUAAGCCAACAACUUAUGUAUCGCAAGAAACAACCUUGUAAUGACAUGGACAUGAGUGGGACAGUUUCACAGUGCCAGUGUUUUUUUUGUCUGCACUGUAGUUGAUCGAAGAUUUCCUGGAAUUUAAGAAAAAAAGAAUCUAUGUAAGACCUUUCUGCCUGUGAAAACUAAAACACAUUAGUUCACCCAUCCAUACACCCAUAUUUCAUAACUUUUUAUCCUGCGCUGGGUCACAGUGAGGCAGGGCAGACCCUCAAUGAGGCGCCAGGCCACCUCAGCACUUUUACUUAAUGAUUUAAUAAACGUUAGAGCUGAAGAGAAACACGUGUCUCAGUGAUUUCAAAGGUCAGCGAUGAGGUUCAAGAAGCAGUUUUGAGCUUUAUUUAUAUUGAACUUUUAUAUUCAACUCUAUUUAUUGCAUAUGAGUUUGCAUUUACUUGCCAACCUGAGAUGGAUAGUAACAUGACCGUUCCGAUGUCAAUCAGCAGCGCCUCCCUCUGGUGGGUUUAUUGAGUGCACCUUCAUUUCGCCUCGCUGUAGGCUUUCGCGGAAGCUUUCCUUUACUUCAUAUAGCAAUAGAGACGGUCUAAUGCUCAUUUCACUGUUUUAAGAGACCUCACUGAUUAUUAACGAGUAACUGGAAGGCCUAAGGCAUUAGGUUUGUGCGAAUUUCAUUUCAAGUACCAAACUGUUGUGCAUUUCCAAUAAACAACCAACAGGGGGUGCUGGAUGAACUUGUAUUUGCAAGUUCCACCAGGUUGGAUGCGAGUUGGCAUGAGGGCGGCUGUUCUGAGAAAAAUUGGAGUUUAAGUUGUCCCCAUUAUUCAUCAUGCCAUCAGCAGUGCUCACUGUGGAAUAUUGAAGUUUAUAUAAUGCACAGAAAAUUCUAACGAAAGAGGGAGGAUGUCUAACCUAAGUAGUUGUGAGUAUCUAACUAGGCUCGACAUAUUUUAAAUUACUCAUUGAUAUUAACUUACAACACAUUGGGUAUAUGUACACAAAUAUGAAAUUAAGUACCGUUUUUUUUUCCAAAAAGGUAACCCCUUUGUGUUAAUUUUGUUUACGUUGUAUCUGCUAAGCCAUAUUAAUGAAAGUAUGACUAGUUAAAUCACUCUUAUUUAUUUAAACCUGAAUGAAAAAUUAACAAUGGGAAUGGAUAUAUGUUACAUGGGGAAAGAUGU